UGUAUUAGCAUGCCUAAUUCCGGCGACUGCAGUGAUGCAGACAUGAAUCAACCGUCUUGCAGCAGGAACGCUGGACGUAAAAAUGAGCGAGAUAAAAGAAAUCGUCGUAUUAUCAUGCGAAUCGAAUUCAACGAUUCCGACGAUACAGAUGCAGAUGAUUUAAGUUCUGUGUCCAGUAAUUGCAACGAUACUUCCCCUACCACCGGUAUAUCCAGCGCCAUUGACCUUGAUACGCGACCAACGACGAGCUCCACAGUGUCCCAAACGUGCCGCAAUGCGCCUCGCCAGCGACGCAUUCGACGUGCUGCCCAACGCAUUUUAUCGGAUAAUGAAGCUAACAAUGGAGCUGGCAGUAGCGGCAGUGAGGACGAUAGGCGCAGCACACGCCUAAGAGAACGUGGUAGGAAGCGCAAAAAGCUGCAGUCCACAAAUUCCGAGAAGCUAAUUGAUGCUGCCGAGGAUAUGAACAAACCUGAUGGCGGUUUUAGUUCCGACAGCAGCAGCAAUGAAUUAUUGGAAAAAUGUCCAAUUUGUUUGUUGACAUUCCGCCAGCAGGCAAUUGGCACACCUGCCACAUGUGAGCACACGUUCUGCGCGGCAUGUAUUGAAGCCUGGUCAAAGAACGUACAAACCUGCCCCAUAGAUCGACUUAGCUUUGACCGCAUCGUAGUGCGCGAUAACUACACGGAUCGAAACAUUCUACGCGAAGUAUGCGUGGAUUUGAGCAAAUCAAAAAAAGAGUUAGUGCUGGAGGAUGACGAUGACGACGACGACGAUGUGAUUGCUGUCCCGGAUGAUGUGACCAAUUGUGAAAUCUGCAAUAGUCCGGAUCGUGAAGAUGUUAUGCUACUGUGCGAUAGCUGCAAUCAAGGCUAUCACAUGGACUGCCUGGAUCCGCCGUUGGAGUCGAUACCCGAAGGCUCGUGGUACUGCGAUAACUGCAUUGACUCCAACGAUGAGGAUGGUGAAGAACUGGACCUGGCUGAGGAUUUGCAUAUGCUAUACGAGGACAUUCGAGGCAUGGGUUUGCCUGAAACACGUCUACGCGUGCGCCAAGUGCAACAGCCGCGCAUAUUACGCACGCGUCAAAACGAACGCAUCCGUGCAGCGGUACUGCGACGCACACGCGCCAGUGCAAACUCAACAGCUGCAGUGCCUGCGGAUUGUGAGUGGCCAUCAACAUCCACAACAAGAAAUCGCAGCGCCAGAACAACAACAACACAGCCACGACGUCGUCGGCGACGACGCGCACGUCAUCGCACCUACAUUGUCGAGUACGACAUCAACAAUUUCGAUGAAAAGUUUGCACUGAAGACUACCAAGAAGGUUAUACGACGUCGACGCCGGCGCACUGUUGGCCGCAGACGCAGUGCUCAAGCGUUGUCAGCGGCUGCGGCGACGGGUGUGCGGCUAAGCGCUAGCAAGCGACUGGCCGAGCAGUUGGGCGUCAAGCACGACACUGGACGUGGCUCGCAUAUAAAUGGGAGCAGCGCUCAAAGCUUUACACUCUUCGGCAAUGCCAAUGCGCUGGAGUAUUUCUCGGACAGUGAUGAUGGCGCUAAUGCUGCUGCUGACAUUGACGCUGGGCAUGCGGCCACGACAGCGGUGCAGACAUCGGUGCGUUUGGCUACCAUUGGUGGCUCGCGUCAACGCAAGGCGCUGCUGCUGGGCAAAACGCGUGCAAGCACCGCGGCGGCCACUGGCGAUAUACUCUCAAGCAUUAUGGAGUUGCAGGAGCGUUGGUUGGGCGCCACGCGCAAUCUAAGUGAGGUUCAUAUCAGCCCCGAUGGUAAACUACAGUUGGAGCAGGAAACGAACUUAAAGCGCACCACAGAUGCGGCUAAUGCAGCUAAGCCGAACCAGGAGCCAGUUACGCAGAUGCCAUUAUAUCAGCGCGGUGGCGCCAAUGCCAAUUUUAGUCGUGGUGGAGGUGGCCGCAAUUUCAACAGUCGCUAUAGUGGCAGCAACAACAGCAACAGCAACUAUCGUGGUGGCGGCGGUGGCAAUAAUCAAUAUCAGCGACAUUCUACGGGUGGCUUGGAUAAUGCUCCUCCCGCUGGUUUUGGCCAACAAAACUUUAGCAAUUUCAACAACAAUAACGCCAGCAACAACAGCAACAAUUUUACGCCUUUUAAUAUUCGUUUCAAUACGCCGCAUCAACAGCAGCAGCAACAACAACAACAACAGCAGCAGCAGCAGCAACAACGCCAGCAAAUGCGUCCCUCAAGCAGUAAUUUUCAACAGCCACUUAGAACUCCACAACAACAGCCACAGCCACAAUUGUUUGGUGGCUUGCCAGCGCCCGUAAACUCAAAUACUGCACGCAUGUCACUGCCACCAACGCUUACAGUACCACCACCACCCACACCGCCACCUAGCUCACCUUGGAGUAAUCCCAUGUUCAAACUGAGCGCAGAUUAUGCCAGCAGCAAAAGUCAGCCUGACAAGCAGCAGGAUGAUGAGGAGGAGAACUGUCCAAAUUUCUCAAUUUAUUCCCAGGAAUCGCAGGCUGUGGCCACGGAGUUGUUUACACAGCUGCAACCAGCUGCAAGGGAUACUGAGAAGGAGGAAGCGGCUGAUGUGAAUGAGGAGGAUCUGGUACAACUAGAUGAUGAUGAUGAGAUUCCUCUACCGCCAGAACCAGCUGCGAAUAAUAACAACAGUGCGGGCAGUGAACUUUACGAGCCAGAGAAUCCCACGUCAGAGCAAGAUGAGGAUGUGCAGUCACAAAAUAGCAACAGAUUGGAAGCAGAGGAGUCUGUGCCGGCUGCUGCUGCUGUUGCUGUUGCUACUGUUGCUGCUGAUGAUGAAGAUGACAGCAAAACGCGAAGCACGCCAAGUCCCACAUUGAAGGAGGCGGAGGCAGGUAGAGGCAAAGGUGUGCUGGAACUAUACGAUGACAGCGAUUGGGAAGAGUUGCACAUAGAGAAGCCCAAAGAGUUUGAAAAGGCGCUGGCCAAUGAAACGCCAGCAGCUGGGGAGCAAACCAAAGGCGAAAAAGAAGCAAGAAAGAAAUCUGAAGACAACGCUGAGCCAGAGCGCUCCUAUACGCCUUGCUUAGAUGAGCAAUGUGCUGAGGAGGAGGCUAAUCGACUGCGUCUGGAAAAAGCCAAAAAAGCAGAAGCUGCAGCAGACAAAAAGUCAACUGAAGCGGCGCCGGCAGCUGGCAGUGUAAUGGGCACUGAGCUCAUCUCUGAGGACGAGGAGGCUACAGGCAAUGAUGCGGUAAGCAAGCCGCGCACGCCCAGUCGCCCACGAGAUGAACACCACGCCUCGAGCCACAAAAACAAGCGCAAUCGCAAGCGUAGCCGCAGUCGCAGCAAGGAAACUUUCAAGAAGGCAGGACAACGUCAAAAGGAUCGCAAUUAUCGUGUCGAUAAGCAGCAACGCAGUCGCUCCCAUACGCCAGUGCGCAGUCGUAGUCAUAGUCAUAGUCGCAGUAGAAGUCGCAGCCGAAGUCGCAGCAGAACCCGCACACCUCCGCGCCCACGACGACGUGAGACUCGCUCCAGAACGCGCAGUCACUCUUAUAGUCACUCUAGAUCUCGUUCACGCUCACGUCAGCGGGGCCAGUAUCGAGGACGUGAUCGUGAUCAGUCACGCAACUUUAACCGUGGGCGUGGCCAGGGGCGUUACCAGCAGCAGCGUCAGCAGCAGAAUUAUUCGAAUAGAAACUACCAGCAGCAGCAAUCAUAUCAAUCGUAUGGUCAGCGUCCCAAGCGACGCGAGCUGCCGCGCUACGAUGUGCGCAAUGUGGUGGGCGCCUCGCGCCAUCAGCAACAGCAGCAAAAGGAUCGCUAUGGACGCGAUGCUCGGCAUGAACGACGCAGUCGUUCAGUCAUUAGCUACGAGUUGCGUCAGCCCUCGCGCAGUUUCUCACGCAGCUGCACGCGCUCCCGUUCACGCUCGCCCACGCCGAAACGAUUCCGCAGCUUCAGCAUGUCACCUUCACCUGGCUUGGCGGCACAUGAGCUCAACACACGACGCCGAUCCUUGUCGCGACGCUUUGAGCGUUCGCUCUCAGCAUCGCCGCCGCCGCCAGCAGCGUCAGCAGUGCACCAGCCGAUGUCGCCGCGUUCGCCUUCGGGCUCACCCACGCGUGUAAACGGAGGACGUCAUGUCAAUGCCGGCAAGCACUCGCCUUGCUAUUCGCCACGCUAUACACCGCGGCUAAGUCGCAGUCGCUCGAAGAGUCCGCGCAAAAAGAAGAAAAAACGCACGGACAAAAAGAAGAAAACCAAAAAGCGCCAGAGCAACAAUAGUCCUGUGUCCAGGCAGCGUCGCAUCUCGCGCCAACGUGAUCCGUUUGAUGAUGCGGAUGAUUUCCUGGCGCCGCCGUUGCAUGCUAAAAAGGCGAAAAAGGCAGUUGGUGGGCACUGGUCACCGUCGCCCACACCAAGCCUAACAGGUGGCGGUAUGGACAAGCCUUCCUGGACGCCGCCCUUGGGCUCGCCACCGUCACAUUAUGUGGAGCAGCGACGCAGCCACACGCCGCUGCUGAACACCAAGAAGCUCAAGCCCAAGCGCGACAAGAGCAAGAAGAAGAAGAAGCCGUUGGACAAAUCGCGUAAGGAUAAGAAACGCAAACAUCGCACGCUCACACCGGAGGUGGUGCCCUCCAAGGAAGUCUUUGCCUCAGGCAACAAUAUACUCGUCAGUGUUAGCUUCAACAAGGAAGCCACCAGCACAUCCAAUGCUGGCAAUUCACAGCAACAGUCGGUGGUCAGCCUGCCGCCCACGCGAAGUGAGUUCAUGAGCACACGACUCCAAUCCAUGGAGCGCCUGGCAAACAACAACAGCAGCAGCAGCACAUCCGGCAAGAAAUCCAAGCGUAAACGCAAGAAGUUAGAUGCUAAACCGGUGGCUAUUAUAGACUUGGAGCGUUCCCCGUUCCAGGUGCAUCAGGAGCCGGCUGAUGUUAUUGUGCUCACCGACAGUGAAGAUGCCAAUGAUAAUCAGUCUAAGCGGCGAAACGAGCGACGACGUGGCAGCGCAGCCGAUGAGUUACUGCUACGUGAGAUUUCACGAGAUUGCAAGAAGACGCCGGCAGUGGAUCGUUUGGAGAGCAUUUUGGAAACAUCGUACGAGAAUAAGGCGCCCACAACGGGACCCAAAACGCCGCCGGAGCCGCCACUUGUAAAGUUCAACUUACCCGCCAAAAAGCAGCACAAAGUGCGCAACAAUCCGUUGCACGAUGAAGCGGACGACAUGCACUUUGGCGAUGAGCCACCGACGCGCAAUAGCGCGGACACGGAGCCACAACAGUCGCAUCCAAAUGAGGGUCAAAAGAUUGGUCCAAAUACGCCGCCAGACUCAGCGCCCUGCUCACCGGAUGCCUACGAUCCCUUCGAGCCCACAAAGUCGCCCUCGCUGUCUCCCUGCUCGCCCCCGCCGGCCUCCAAUGUCGCCAGUGCACAGGUGGAAGCCAACACAGCGACGCAGUCCAGCGUUGAAGAUAGCACACAAAAGCUGAGCAGCAGUCACAGCCACGCGGAUGAGCUGCCGGAGAGCAGCACGCCCAGCAUGCCCAAUGCCAGCACCACACCCAGCCUGCCCAAUGCUAACCUCAAUCCAGUGGAUUUGGUAAUGGCCCUGAUGAACAAGCCCAGCAACAGUUGUGCCACUACGCAGGAGCUAUCGAGUAAAUCCUCGGAGGUUAGCACCACCACACAAUAUCUCAGCAGCAGCAGCACCUGCACCACUGUAAGUGCUGAGGAUAAACAGCAGUCCAGCGACAGCGGCAAUACGGUUACAGUGCUCUCCAAUGUGCUGCUCACUGCCAGCAGCACUGUUGUCUGCUCUGCCCCAACGCAACACAUACCCGUUAUCUCCAGUCCGCCCAGCAGCUUGACCAGAAAAGUGCCCAAGGCAGGCGGCGGCAGUGUGGCCAGCAGCAGCAGCGGCAUUGUCAACAUGCGAAAUGGCGGGGGCGGCGGCGCUGGCAAUAACGUGAAUGCUGCCGCUGCUGCGGCUGCUGCUGCUGCUACGAGCGCUGCUGCGUUGGAUGAUACUUAUAAUAUGGAAAUUGAGAGUCCUUAUUCGCCUGGCUCGGCGGACUAUGAAGAUCUGUUCGAGCCGCCGCCAGAGGGCGGCAAUGCUGCUGGCAUGCGACGCUCAAAGAACAGUGGCAAAGCGGAAAUGUUUGAUAAUCUCUUUGGCAGCAGCUCACCCGUCACGCAGCUGAGAAUGUCCUCACGUUUCAACAACACAUCCUCUGGCCGAAAACAGCAGCGCUCCAGUAACAAAAACGAUCGUAAAUCAAAAGCAAAAGGUAGUAAAUCUACAGAUGAUCAUGGCAAAUUAUAUGAUGAUGUACCAAGCUCAGCUGUUGACUUGCAAGUCAAGGAUAAGUUCCUGCGUAAAUUGAAUCGACAGGAGCGCGUUGUUGAGGAGGUCAAGCUUGUGCUGAAGCCACAUUUCAAUAAGAAAGUAAUCACGAAAGAAGAUUACAAAGAUAUUAUGCGUCGCGCUGUGCCAAAAAUUUGCCACAGUCGUUCGGGUGAAAUCAAUCCACAUAAAAUCAAAAACUUGAUUGAUGCCUAUGUGAAAAAGUUCCGCGCUAAACAUAAAAAACUGAGUGUGCUAAAUACGGGGCAAGUAAGCAGUGCAGUCAAAUGUGCCGCAUAUUUAAAGAAGCUCUAAGCAAAUGUCAGUGGAAUGGCAACAUUGUUUUUUCUAGACAAAUCACGCAAAAACUGCAGCUGCAUGCAUUCCUAGGCCUCGUUCAAUUACAACUGAUGCACCGAUGAGCGCAACAAAAAUAAGAACACAUAUUAAUUGGCAUUGCUAUUUAAAAUUUAGUUUUUAAGCAAGACUAAGAUCACAUUACGAAUGAGUUUUUUUUAGUGAUUUAUCUAAUACAGAAAUUAAACCUAAUUACUAAGCAGGUACCUUCAUUUUUCCCCUCACACACAGUUAAAUUACACAAAUAUUAGUUGAAUAUUUUAUUUGUAUGACAUUUUUUAUUAUAAUUUUGUAUUUUUCUCUGAUCUGACACAAUUUAAGUAUGUAAUGUGAAUGUGACUCUAUGCAGUUGAUAAUUUUUAGGCUCAUUGGCAUUAUUUAAAAAGAAAACCAAACAAAAACUAUUGAUAUUCAAUUAAAUAAUUUUGCUUCAGUUUUGUUCAAAUCAUUUAUUUACGUUAAAUAUUUAAAUCAAACGGUAUGUUCAGGCAGGUAUAGAUAUAUAUUUUAUUCGCAAAGGAUAAUAUAUUGUCAGUAAAUAAAUGUAAAUGUAUAUCCAGCGUAAAUAAGUCUAUAUAUUAAU